UCUUCAUUGCUCGUCCCCAUCACUCCACUCUCCUGCUCCUUCAUUGCUCCACCGACACAUGGCGACUCAAACGCCGCGGCUUACCACCGCCGUCGUUCUCACUCUCUCAAUCCUCCUCCUUGCCUCCACCACCUCUUAUGCCCACAACAUCACUCGCAUACUAGCCAAGCACCCUGCGUUCUCCACCUUCAACCACUAUCUCACCGUCACCCACCUCGCCGCAGAAAUCAACCGCCGCCAGACCAUCACUGUUCUCGCUCUAGACAAUGCUGCCAUGUCGUCUUUAUUAGACAAACAACUAUCCGUCUACACUCUCAGGAACGUUUUGUCUUUCCAUGUUCUUGUUGACUACUUCGGUGCCAAGAAACUUCACCAGAUUACUAAUGGUACUACCUUGACUGCCACCAUGUUCCAAUCCACCGGUGCAGCUACCGGCUCUUCAGGUUACGUCAAUAUUACCGAUCUUAAAGCCGGAAAAGUGGCGUUUGGAUCGGAAGAAAACGACGGGAAGCUUGAUGCUGUUUAUGUGAAGUCUCUGGUUGAGAUUCCAUAUAACAUUUCUGUUCUGCAAAUCAGUCAGCCUCUGAAUUCUGCUGAAGCUGAAGCACCGACUGCGGCACCGACGUUGAAUCUAACGGCAAUCAUGAAUAAGCAAGGCUGCAAAGCCUUCUCCGACUUGUUGAUAGCUUCCGGAGCUAAAUCGACAUUCGAGGAAACUCUUGACGGAGGGUUAACGGUGUUCUGCCCUCCGGACACCGUCGUCAACGGCUUCAUGCCCAAGUACAAGAACUUAACAAAAGCUCAGAAAGUCUCGUUACUGUUAUAUCACGGCAUUCCAGUGUACCAAUCCUUACAGAUGUUGAAAUCCAAUAACGGAAUCACCAACACUCUGGCUACUGAUGGCGCCAGUAAGUACGAUUUCACCGUUCAAAGUGACGGAGAGGACGUAACUUUGGAAACCAAGGUUAUGACGGCGAAGAUAACAGGGACGGUAAAGGAUGAAGAACCGUUAGUAAUUUACAAAAUUGACAAAAUGUUGAUGCCUAGAGAAUUGUUUAAGCCUGCUCCAGCAGCGGCGCCUAAGGCAGCGAAGCAAGCAGCGGAUGGACCAGAAGCAGAUGCACCGACAGAUGAUUCGGAAGAUCAGACGGCAGCCGAUGAUGAGAAUGGUGCCAUCAGGAAAAUGGACGGUGGGAGAUUGGUGAUGAUAUUGUUAAGCUUGUUUCUAGGGUUGAUAUUUUUUUAAUUUGAUUACACAAUCACAGCUUUGAUUUGAUACCACAUAAGGUCUUUGGAUAGCACAUGGGACAUUUUUAAAGAAUGUAAUAAUGGGUGCCACGUGUUUUUGGGUGUUUUCUUUGUCUUGUGUAAUUAUUUUUGUGUAUAAUGUAUAAUUUGUUUGCUUAUCUGUAAAUCAACAUUUCCCAACUUUUUUUUAUUA